ACCAAUUCAUUCAGCAACAUUAUGCAAUGCCGAUGGCUGCGGGUCCCUCGACAUCCGUUCUGACGGCAAAUGCGGCAGAAUUUGUGCCAAAUAAUCGACGCGAACAACAAUAUUUGCCUGCAACGAGCACGAAUGCGACAACAAAUGGUCAAAAUUAUCAAUUUCAACAAAAUUAUCCGCAAACAACGAUGACAGAGGAAAAAUAUAAAGGGGCGAUACGUAAGCAGUACAACAAUCAAGGCGGCAGAAAUUACUAUCAGAACAAUUCGCGGCACGGAAAUCGACGUUUUUACAAUAAUAAUGGAACGGAUCACGGCACAAACGGGUAUAAUGGAAGAGAAAAUCAUAAUUGGAAGCGGAGAGAUGAUUUUAGGAGGCAAGGAGAAGAAAAUCGAAGAAAUGGGGAAGAGAAUCGAAGACAAGGAGACGACUAUCGAAGACAAAAGGAUGAUUUUAGGAGACAAGAAAAUGAUUUUAAAAGACAAGAAGAUGAAAAUCAACGACAAAGGGAAGACAAUCGAAGACAAGGAGACGAAAAUCGUAGAAAUUUCGAUGAAAAUCGAAGAAAUGGUUCACAACAAGACCUUUCACACAAAGAAAAAAGUCGUCAAAAUACCAGAGAAGACCAUCACCGCGUGAAAAAUGAUGAGUCACGAAGACCGAGGAAUCAUGACAAUAACGGGCGAUACAAUAAACAUUACUCCAAAGGAGCUUCUCAGAAAAAAUCUCCGCCAAAGAUAACAUUUGACGCUUCGAAUUGCUCCCAACGCGAAAAAUUAACAAAAGAAAUGGAAAAUUCCGUUCUCGAGUGCAUGAUUUGUUGCGAGAACAUCAAAUCCACACAAUCGGUCUUCUCCUGCAACGCCUGUUUCCACAUUUUUCAUCUUAAUUGCGUCAAAAAAUGGGCAAAUAGCAGUUUUGCCGAAGGUUGGCGAUGUCCCGCCUGCAAUUCCUUCAAAGAAACCCUUCCAAAGGACUACUACUGCUUCUGUGGCAAACUCAAGGAUCCUCAGUACAAUCGAAACGACACGCCACACAGUUGCGGCGAAAUGUGCGGACGUAGUUGCGAGCAAGGCGACCACAAAUGCACUUUAUUGUGCCAUCCAGGCCCGUGCGAGCAAUGCCAAGCGACAAUCACGCGUUACUGUCACUGCCAAAAGUCCUCCAAGAUGAUGCAAUGUUACCAAAAGGAAGAAAUUGUGUGCGACGAAACGUGCAAUCAGCUCCUUAACUGCCUGACGCACACUUGCACGCGAAAGUGUCACAGUGAUCCGUGCGGCGAAUGCACCGCCGUCAUCGAACACAUUUGUUAUUGCGAAAAAUCACACAAAACCGUCCCCUGUACGCCCGCCAAUAACGAGACGAAGACUUUUCAAUGCCAAAAUAUCUGUGAUCGGAUGCUUGGUUGUGGCAAUCACACGUGCAAGGAGCUUUGUCAUGUCGGCCCGUGCGGCGAAUGUCAAUUAUUGCCGAAAUUUAUCAAAACUUGUAACUGUGGAAAGGAAGAAUUGCCCGCAGAUUUGAGGAAAUCCUGCUUGGAUGAGGUUCCGGUGUGCAAAAAUGUGUGUAAAAAGGUGCUAAAGUGCGGGACACAGGCGAAUCCACAUUUCUGUACGAGCAAGUGUCAUGUUGGGGAAUGCCCGCCAUGCAAAAAAAGCACGAAGGUGAGAUGUCGUUGUGGGCACAUGGAUCAGGAAGUGAAAUGUAAGACGUUAGUUAAUGGCACAGAUGACGUCACAUGCAGCAAAAGAUGUACAAAACUGAAGAGUUGUGGUAGGCAUAAGUGUAAUACGGAUUGUUGCAUCGAUUUUGAUCACCAAUGUUUGCUAGUUUGUAAUAAAAAGUUGACUUGCGGGAAGCAUCGUUGCGAAGAAAUGUGUCACAAAGGUCCAUGUCGCCCAUGCCUAAUAUCCUCUUUCGAUGAGUUAUUCUGCGAAUGUGGAGCUAAUGUCAUCUACCCGCCCGUGCCGUGUGGCACAAAGAAGCCCGCUUGUGAGAAACCAUGUCCCCGAAGUCAUCCUUGCGAACAUCCCGUCUUGCAUAAUUGUCAUACGGCAGCGAAAUGUCCUCCGUGUGUCAUUCAAACCACGAAAUAUUGUUACGGAAAGCAUGAACAACGCAAAACCAUCCCAUGCCACGAAGAAUCCUUUUCAUGCGGCAUGCCAUGCGGAAAAAGUCUCAGCUGCGGUCGUCACAAGUGCCUUAAGGUCUGUCACAAAGAAGAAAUGUGUCUGAAGGAGGGCGACAUUUGCAAGCAACGCUGUAAUCGCGCACGUCUCGAUUGCGGGCAUCAAUGCGGCGCUGCCUGUCACGACGGCGAAUGUCCCGACAUCAUUUGCAAGGAAAACGUCGAAAUCACCUGCGAAUGCGGCAAUCGCAAACAAAUGCGCAUUUGUCACGAUUUGUCGCGCGAAUAUCGUCGCAUCGCAAAUGCGCAACUCGCUACCUCAAUGAUGGACAUCCAGAACGGAGGCGCCGUCAAAUUGAGUGAGAUUUUAGGUCCCAUCAAAAAGGGCAGCAACAAGACACUCGAAUGCAAUGACGAGUGCAAACUCCUCGAACGCAACAAACGACUGGAAAUGGCUUUUGGUCCGUCGACGGAAAACACGAAACUCGCUCCAGCUUAUACGGAAUUCCUCAAAACUUAUGCGAAAAAGGACAUGGCUUUGGUGAAGGAUAUUCACAUGAAACUAACAAAUUUGGUAAAAUUAGCGAAAGACAGCAAGCAAAAGUCGCGAAGUCACUCGUUUCCGGUCAUGAAUCGCGAAAAAAGACAAGUUGUGCAUGAGAUGUGCGAAGCUUUCGGGAUUCAAAGUCAAGCUUUUGACGCUGAUCCAAAUCGAAAUGUUGUUGCAACGGCAAAUAAGGACAUGUGUUUUUGUCCAACGAUGAGCGUAAUGGAGGUGUUACAACGUGAAUCGGGCCAACGAGUACGAAUUCCAGUCUCGCAAAGUGCCUGGAGAUUACCUUCGGCUAAAUAAUUGCGUUCGAGUUGCUGUUUUUUUGAACUGUUUUAUUUUAUUCAAAUUUAUCGGUUGUUGAUCAUUAAUUUGCUAAUAAUAAAUUGUUCAGAAAAAACCACGAGCGAGCCCAAUAAAAUAACGUAGGAUACCUUGU